CUGCGCCAGCCUUCGUCGGGUGUUGACAUCUCUCUCUCUCGCCUGAUUAUCAGUGACAAAUUUUCCCCGUUCUCACUGGGACGCUUGUCCUCAUCUAUUUUGCCCGCCUGGCACUCUACAGGAGGGGCACCUGUUCAUCGGCUUACUUUCAGCCAGCUCCAUUUUUUCCGCUCUGCGGAAAAUUCUUUAUCGGUCUUUAGUGGGAAGCCGGUUACUGAACUCAGGUGGGAGAGUGAGCGUCCAUCCCUGCUGGGGCUUGGCAAGGGCGUCCAUCGGAUCUAAUUGGAAACUUCAAGUUUCUAUCUCUAUUUACAAAGAAACUUUUGUUCCUUUUCUCUCAUCGCCCAGCCUUGGGCACCAAUUUUUUCUCGUACCAACGAGAAACCGGAAUCGAUACAGCUUAUGCUGUCAGUGGCCCUUAUAAACCCAACAAAGAAAAGAAAAAGAAUCGGGAGUAGCAGAAAUCUCUAGGUAAUCUACUGUUAUAAAUCAAGCAGUUGGAACCUCCCAGCAAACUGCUUGUAUAAAACAAGAAGAAGGAACCUGUUAAGUUACUAGAGGUGUGGUGAAGGAUAAUGACCACCCAGACAUGGAACCGCUUCUGGGGUUCAACUUUUGUUAAAGCUCCAUUACGGAAUGGAGUUGGUCGAUAUGUCCAGCAGCUCCAGAGGAUCACCUUCAAGUUUUGUAAAACUCAUGGUUGUAGCCAAGGCAUGAGGGAGUACAUUGAGAAGGAGCUCAUUGAAUUUGCAAGAGUGAAUCCUGGUGUUGUGGUGUAUCUUAAGCCACGUCGUCACAGGUCACCAUGCCUUAAAGCCGAGUAUUUGAAUGGAGGUGAGGAAUACAUUAGCUGCCACAGAAUGACAAAUGAAGACAUAGUAAAGUGGGUGGAAUAUUUAAGGACACGAUCUGGGUAUCCUGUGGAGCGAUUGCGCAAGUACCAACAUACAGAUCAUCCAUCAAUUCAAGGUGCUUGGACUCCAUGGAUUCACCGUGACCCACUAGUCAAUAUUGCAGAAUAUCCUAUAGAGGAGCUGUCUGCAGCAUUCAAGACUGAGAAAACUGCAACUGAUGAGGUUCUAGAGUUAUUUGAAAAGCAGAAAUUAUCUGGUGAAGUAGAUGUGUCAUAAUUUUUAGAGUCAUUUUUUGCCAUUCUCAUUAAAUGUUUUUGUACAUUCUGUGUAAUAUGAAUGGCUAAAGGUAUUGAUGUAGUCUUUAAUGAUAUAAUAAGUCUUAAAUGAAUUUAAAUAAAACAUCAAUUUAAGAA